AACAACAACAAGCAAACAAGUAAAUAAAUUUAGACUCGAGCAGACAUAAGCGAAUCAGAACACAACUCUACGAGGUAGAUUCCUACUAGCUUCUAGCAUCGAUGUUAAGGCAAUUUGAGUAGACGUAAAUCAAAGCAAGGCGUUUUUGUGAUGAUUACAACUUUUGCAUUAUUGUUUUGCACACAAUGUUUUUGUAUUGAUGUGGUUCUAAUGAAUUCACACGUUGUCUGUAUUGUUGAAAUUCAUGAUGAUCCUACAAAGAAAAUGGCCACCACAAAAGACCUGUUGGUUAAUGGUGCUGUUUUAAAUGACGUUUAGAAAAUUUUCCUUGAAAAAGCUGUGCGUUACGAGUAUGACUGCGGCUUACAUUUUCCAGUGCUGUGAUAACCGAAGUUUGCGUAAACUGUAUCAUUGCCAAAAAAACAGUCUGGAAGUGUAAUUCAGUCAUCUCCGGAAAAAUAGGGAAUAAUUAAAAAAUAGUAAUAAAAUACACAGAAGCAAAGCUUUUUUAGGCGACGAGGUGGAUCAGCUUAUUUUUACCAGAGUUGUUGAGGAUUUCUAUUUUGAAAGUACGUUGUACACGUUUCUUGGAAACCAGAUGCUAGUCGCAAAAAUUUCAUUGGCGUGGACUUGUCUUGUCAACUGUUGUUUUCAACUGAACUUCGGGCGCAGAGCAAACGAUGCGCAAUCAGAGAAGAAACUUUACUGUUUUAGUCACUUUCUUGGGAAGUUCAAUCAUAAUUCUACAAUACUGGUUUCUUCAAAACAAACUUCCGGUAACAGAUAUGUCACGUCACGCAAUGGCCGCGAAAUUGGUCUUUGACAAUGAGCCGCGAAAACACAUCAACAAUAACAACGAUUUGAAGCUGGUUUUGUUUUACACGCCGUUAUUUGGAAAAUCGCCGUGGCGAGGUCUCGCAAACGAUUACAACUUCACCCACUGGAACCACAUUCCAUGCGGUGUACAAGCGUGUAGAGUUUCCUACAACAGAAGAGAUCUUGCUCGAAGCGACGCUGUGAUCUUCCACGGAAGAGACUUGCCAAGUGUUAGGCACAUGAAGCACAUUUUGAAACAGAAACCUCCCCAACAAAGAUGGGUUUACUUUAUACAGGAGAGCCCCAAAUUCACUUAUUACGACCCGUGGCUUUAUAACGGGUUUUUCAACUGGACUAUGUCCUAUCGGAGGGAUUCGGAUUUCGUCGUGCCUUACCGAACAUACACCCGACUUGAGGCCGACGAGAUUGAACGAAUACAAGCGGACAACCGAAACUAUGCGCAAGGGAAAGACCGACUGCUUGUUUGGAUCGUAAGUCACUGCAAAGGACUCAGAGAAGACUACGUUCGAAAAUUAAUGAGCUACAUUGAAGUGGACGUAUUCGGAUCGUGCUCACGGCGUUUUAACCAAACCGAAACGUGCCCCAGGUCUUCCGCGGCCUGCGACAACAAAUUAAAACGUUAUAAAUUCAUCUUCGCUUUAGAAAAUUCAUACUGCGUGGACUACAUCACAGAAAAAUACUGGUACACACCGCUCGACCACGAUAAUGUGCCGAUUGUUUUAGGAGGGGCAAACUACGACGAAAAAAUUGCCAUACCAGGUUCUUUUAUAAAUAUCUUGGAUUUCUCGUCAGUCGAGUCUCUUGCAAAUUAUCUUCUUUACCUGGACAGAAACGACAGUGCUUAUAACGAGUAUUUUUGGUGGCGAAGACACUUCAAACCAGUGCUGCCCGAAUCAUGGACUUGUCAAAUGUGUGCAGCGCUUAACAAUGAUACUGUACCGUCAAAGGUUUAUAACAAUAUUGACGAGUAUUGGGGAGAGAGGAGCAAUUGUGGAAAAAGCGAAAGGAGAAUACAGGAAUUUCUCGGCAGCUUGAUUUAAGAAACAUAAACUAUGAAGAUACACUCUCGUUUAAUUUUAAUUACAUUCUGCGAGACACGCGUUCCUACGGUGCUUGCGUGAUGAUCGCGCGAGGCGAGAGUGGAUCAAGCGUGGUUUGAAGCCCUCGAAACCACCCGUUAGUUUGUUGGUUUGUUUGAAACAUCCGAUUGCUGACGUGUUUCGAUUGGCCCAGAGUUCACUUUGUUCUCAGAAAUAAUUUAACUAAAAUAACUUAAUCUCCAAAUAUUAAAAUAUAAUUUAUGCUGUCAUGACUUCAUUGUGAAAUGUUGGGCCCAAACAAUCUGAUACACUGGGACAAUGGCUGUCUCACUGACCCUGACUUGUUUCUCUUUAACUAAACUCUCUUUCAGGCAGACACCUCGCUAAAGCGGACAGCUAGAGCCGCUCUUAAGAGUGUCCGCCUAAAGAAGAGUUCACUAUUUAACGUC